CUGCAGCUCAAUGAUUGUAUGAGGGUGCUAUUUUUUAGCAUGAUAUGUUUCAGUGUGUGGAUGCUUUGGUGCGGUUUGAAGUUUGUCAAAGGGGGUGUAAUGUGUCCAAACAGCUGCACUGAUCGAAGCAACAUUUCUGUUAAACUCCAGUCUGAUGUCCUGCUGCCGUGUAGCUUUAAUCCAACUCUCCUCGGAUCAGAUAAGACUGCAGAUAUAGCAGUAGUGUGGAGUCAAAGGAACACAACAUCACACAAUCUACUGGAGAUCCUUCUAAAGGGAGAAGUGCGUCCCUGGAAUAACAAAGGUGGAUGCAUCAAGGCGUUUCCUGAGCUCUCUGAAUCUGGAAACUUCUCCAUCCUCCUUGAGAAAGUGCAGCCGUAUGAUGUGGGUCUCUACAGCUGUGAGCUGUUUAAUGGGACCAACUGCAGCAUUGCGUAUCAGGAGAUACAGCUUGGUCUUGCUAAGUUUGUUUUCUCUUGGGCGAUAAUCAUCACUGGAGCAUCAGCAGGAGCAGUACUUCUGUGUUUCUUCAUUGCAUCUGUCUUCUACAUCAGCAAAAAACGAAAGCACCAGCCACACCCAGAAAACACUUGCAGAAGUUCACAUGAUAACCCGAUCUACGUCAGCUAUACAGGACAUAGCAAGGAAGGUACUUGGCCAUGUCCGUCAACUGUCAGUGGCAAUUGCAGUUCAUCAGUGAGGUCACGAAAGACAAGCAGGUCUCGUAAAGCAGCCAUCUCUGGAUCUGGAGUCUGUUGCUUCAUUAGUCAGCUCAGAAAACAGGAAAUCAGGAUCUCCCAGUUCUGGGAUGACGAGUGCCGGUCCACCGAGAUCCGCUCAUCCUGGACGAGCCCCCAGUUGUUGCCGGCCUCAGGCCUAGGGGUACCUGGGCCAGUGACAAACCUGCUGUACGGCUAAUGAAUUAAGUGCAUUUAAUGAAUUCUCUGUAGUUUUGAGUUAAAUUUCCCCAUACACACUAACCCAUACUCUACAAGUCCGCUAGCAUUAGCAAGUUAGCAUAUAGCCCAUUUAUCACGAUUUACAGAAGAUUUUCUAACAAAACGUUUCAUUGACCAACAUGUACAAACGACCUCAUAAGGUGCAUGUUCCACUCUUAAAAUCUAGCAUGUGCACUAUUUUUAAGGGAUAUUUACCAACCUGUGAUACAGAAUAGAAGAGACACACGUUCAGCUGGUUUUAACUUCAUGGCAGGAGAACUUAUUCUUCCUCCAUGUGUGUGUGUGAUAUUAUUCUAUACCAUGCAGCAAACGCGCCAUCUAACAACCUGUUUAAUAUCGCAAGUGUAACAAGUAUAGCACAAUGAAAUUGGUCUUUAGUCACUGCUU